AUGGUCUCGUUCAGUUGUUCAGUAUUUGUUAGCAAUCACUUUGGUUAGUAAAAUCCAUGGCUCUUCUGUGUUUUCCUCCGUCUUUAUCAUCCCCUUAUGCCUUUUUUUUUCCUUUCCUGUAGUGUUUCUUCUCUUGGUUCGCUCUUAUUCAUCUGUCUAGCUGAAGGAGGAGUUUGUUACUCUAUUUCUAGCUGUUAUUAGUUUAUUACUGUAAUGGAGAUAGAGGAUGCGAGUGGUGGCGGGAGAUACAAUGGGAGUGCGUCCACGGCGGCGGUGUACGGUGGACUUGACAGAGGAAGUUGUUUGGUGUGGGAGGAUCUGACGGUGGUGCUUCCCAACUUCGGCAAGGGACCGACCAAGAGGCUGCUUAAUGGCCUUAAUGGUUACGCCGAGCCUGGUAGAAUCAUGGCUAUAAUGGGUCCUUCUGGUUCUGGGAAAUCUACCUUGCUCGAUUCACUUGCAGGUAGACUCUCAAAAAAUGUGGUCAUGACUGGAAAUAUAUUUCUCAAUGGAAAGAAGAAAAGACUAGAUUAUGGUGAAGUUGCUUAUGUAACCCAAGAGGAUGUCUUGCUGGGAACUCUCACUGUCAGGGAAACCAUAUCCUAUUCAGCAAAUCUACGUCUCCCUACAACAAUGACCAAAGAAGAAGUAAAUGGGAUUGUUGAUGGAACAAUAAUUGAAAUGGGUCUCCAGGAUUGUGCAGACAGGUUGAUUGGUAACUGGCAUUUGAGAGGCAUCAGUGGAGGAGAGAAGAAAAGACUUAGUAUUGCACUUGAAAUCCUCACAAGGCCUCGCUUAUUGUUUCUUGAUGAACCCACCAGUGGCCUUGAUAGUGCCUCUGCUUUCUUUGUUGUUCAGACUCUUAGAACUGUUGCUCGUGAUGGACGGACAGUUAUCUCUUCAAUUCACCAGCCAAGUAGUGAAGUGUUUGCUCUCUUUGAUGACCUUUUCUUACUAUCUGGUGGUGAAACAGUGUAUUUUGGAGAAGCAAAGAGGGCUGUAGAGUUCUUUGCAGAAGCAGGAUUUCCAUGUCCACGAAAAAGAAACCCUUCUGAUCACUUCUUACGUUGCAUCAAUUCUGACUUUGACAUUGUAACGGCCGCUUUGAAGGGAUCUCAAAGAAUUCGGGAUAUUCCAAAUUCAUCAGAUCCUUUCAUGAACAUGGCUACAGCAGAGAUUAAGGCUGCGCUAGUUGAAAAAUAUAGGCGUUCAGUUUAUGCCAGAAGGACAAAAGAAAGGACUCGAGAACUAUCCAACAUUGAAGGAAUAGAAACUGAAACACAAAGUGGCAGUCAAGCUAGUUGGUGGAAACAGCUUGUAACGUUGACGAUGAGAUCAUUUGUGAACAUGAGUAGAGAUGUGGGUUACUACUGGUUAAGGAUUAUAAUAUAUAUCAUAGUAUCUAUAUGUGUGGGAACUAUAUACUUUGAUAUUGGGUAUAGCUACACUUCAAUCUUGGCUCGUGGGGCAUGUGGUGCAUUUAUAUCAGGUUUUAUGACAUUUAUGUCAAUUGGAGGUUUCCCAUCAUUCAUUGAAGAAAUGAAGGUUUUCUAUCGGGAAAGAGUUAAUGGAUAUUAUGGAGUUGCAGUAUAUAUUUUGUCCAAUUUCCUAUCUUCUUUCCCAUUCUUGGUUGCAAUUGCUCUUACUACUGGCACCAUUACUUAUAACAUGGUGAAAUUCCGGCCUGGCUUUGUUCACUUUUUGUUCUUCACUCUCAACAUCUUUGGUUGCAUAACUGUGAUUGAGAGUCUCAUGAUGGUCGUAGCCUCACUUGUUCCUAAUUUCCUCAUGGGAAUAAUUACUGGAGCUGGAAUAAUUGGAAUCAUGAUGAUGACCUCUGGAUUCUUCCGGUUGCUGGAUGAUCUUCCAAAGCCAGUUUGGCGCUAUCCAAUAUCGUAUCUUAGUUACGGCGCCUGGGCAAUACAGGGUGCCUACAAGAAUGACUUGCUUGGGCUUGAGUUUGAGCCUAUGAUACUAGGUGAUCCAAAAUUGAGGGGUGAUUAUAUUAUAACACACAUGUUGGGAAUGGGACUGAAUCAUUCCAUGUGGUGGGACUUGGGAGCUCUAUAUAUCAUUCUUAUAGGUUACAGAAUUCUUUUCUUCAUUGUUCUCAAGUUCAAGGAGAGAGCUUCCCCAUUAUUUAAGAGACUCCAUGCCAAGAGAACAUUACAGGCACUUGAAAAGAGGCCUUCUUUCAGGAAGAUGCCUUCUUUUCCUUCAAAGAGACAUCAACCCCUCCAUUCACUGUCUUCUCAAGAAGGCCUUAAUUCUCCACUCCACUAGAACCAAAGAAAACAACUGUUUUAUUCUGGGCUGUUUGGUUUAGCUGUUAAUUUUCCAUCAGGAUUACAUACACAAAAAUUUGCUGUUUUGUUAUUAAUUAUGAGUUUUGUAUAGAGAAAAUGUUUGAUACCCAAUUUGGAUUGAAGUAGGAAUACUAAUAAUCAGACUGGUGUUAUUUACCUGUCUAUGACCCUG